UUGAAACUUUACCCCUGAAGAUGGAUUUUAUAUUCAUUGAUGUAAAUGAUCCGGCUUACUUUGAUUACGUUUGUGCAUAUCAGAUUUUGUACAAACCGACAAUGAUCACAACUUUUGUCGCCUUAAACGUAUAUCCAUGGUCAUUUAUGUGCUGUGCAAAUAGCCAAUUGGACGUUUUAAUCAACAAAUUAGAAAAUAUGAAAGAGCUCAUUAAAAUCACCAAGGCGGAAAGGAGCUGUGACGAGAGCGAUGCCUACGCAAUAAUAUUUAAGGGCUGCGUACUUCAUCAUUCUGCUAUUUUAAGAUUCACAAAGUCGAUGCAAGCGACUUUUAGCGGGCAGAUGUCAUUGAAUCUGUUUGUAAGCGCUUGCAUCAUCGGGACAACUGCCGUUCAAAUCAUUUCAAUCGAGUCGCCCAGACAUAAUAUAACCGAGGUGGUUUGGGUUCUGGUGUAUUUAUCCAUCAUCAUAGGGAACCUUUUUGUCGAAUGCUAUUUUGGGAACAGUAUUACACACAAGAGCUUAAAGAUUCCAACAAUAGUAUUCGCUGGGCCGUGGGUUGACCUGCCCAUAAAGAUGAAGCGAAACCUGGUGAUAUUCAUAGCUAAAGCUCAGCAACCCAUCGUCCUGACAGCAGCCAAACUCGUUCCUGUUUCAAUGCAGACAUUUACCACGGUAAUGAACUGGACGUACAAAGGCUUUGCAGUUAUGAAUCAAAUGAAGAAAUAA